AGAAACAGAAGAAGCCAUUGCGGUGUCGUGGCUCAGUUAACAACACGAAAAAAAAAAAACGGGGGAGACAGGCGAGCGAUCGAAAGAGCGAGCUGGCUGUCAGCGGGAUCACAUCGCAUUUUUCCCCAAGCCACAUUCACAUGAGCAGACAAGUCAACGUAUUCGGCAGACGAAUCCACGCCUGAAGAACGAGAUUGAACAGCUCCAAAUAUGUCAUUCAUAUUUGAUUGGAUUUAUAGCGGGUUCAAUAGUGUACUACAGUUUUUAGGACUGUACAAGAAGUCGGGCAAGCUCGUGUUCCUCGGCCUGGACAAUGCCGGCAAAACCACGCUACUGCACAUGCUCAAAGACGACAGACUGGGACAGCACGUGCCCACUUUACAUCCCACCUCAGAAGAGCUGACGAUUGCCGGCAUGACGUUCACCACGUUUGACCUUGGAGGCCACGCGCAAGCCCGCAGAGUGUGGAAACACUACCUCCCUGCCAUCAACGGCAUCGUUUUCCUCGUGGACUGCGCCGACGGCUUCAGAUUGGCAGAAUCCAAAGCGGAGCUUGAUGGUUUGAUGACGGACGAGACCAUCGGGAACGUGCCCAUCCUCAUCCUGGGCAACAAGAUCGACCGGCCGGAGGCCAUCAGUGAGGAGCAGCUGAGGGAAAUGUUUGGACUGUACGGCCAGACGACGGGCAAGGGCAACAUCCCGCUGAAGGAGCUGAACACGAGACCCCUGGAGGUGUUUAUGUGCACCGUGCUGAAGCGCCAAGGAUAUGGAGAGGGAUUCCGCUGGCUCUCGCAGUACAUCGACUGAAGGCGGCGCCACCUGCCGCACCCUCACCGCAACUACAACAAACAGAAAGAGCAGCGGCGGCGGCGGCGGGCGUGACCGCCCACCCACCACCAAGACGACGAUGACAACAACUCGAUCCCAAUAGACUUUUAUUGGUUCUUUGGGUUCUGCACUUACACAACCACACAUUCGUUUGUCCCUCUCUAUAGCGCAAAGUGGACAACUCCCCCCCCCCCCUUCCAUACACCGGCAUCCAUUUGUUCUAUACAUGGCAUUUCUAUUCAAUCAUGUUUUUUGUUUACUUUUAUGACAGCAUCAAUAAAUGGAAAGGACCAACACCCCUCCUUGCCUUGCUCACACUGAGAGAAAAAAAAAAUCCCAAUUCGCUUUUCUUUAAUAUAUAUUUUGAUAUUAAAAAAAGUAGCGCAAUAGCUCAAUAUUACAAAUGUAUGAAAUGUACACCAAAAUGGUACAUGGACGUUGUAUCCUUUAUGUUCGUUACAUUAUGCAUGCCUUGUUCUGUUUCAGUUGUAAACCCCCCCCCCCCCUUUUUUUUUUUUUUUUUAAGAUUACGGUUAGAAAAGUAGGAGGAAGAUGCCAUUUUGAGGGCGGGGGGGAUAUUAGCACACAUGUCCAGUUCCCUUGUGUCUCUCUUCAUUCCAGCAGCAGCAGGCGGCGACUGCAUUCCAAAAGCAAGGCUGGUGGUAGUGGUGGCGGCGGCGGCGGUGUGGUUUGCAUCAUAAACGUGUAAGAAGAAGAAAUGAUAAUAAAUGUUUGCAAUGAA